AUGUCGAAUAUUCUCAAUGUGUUCAAUCCACCUCCAUCGCGGCCCUUGACUGAGGAUGAGAUCGGCGAGGGCUGUAUUCCUUGUACUGCAGUGCAAUCGGUCGUGGCUCUAGCAGGGGGUGUCUAUUUGAACUCCAAUACCCUUUUCAAAGACCCAAAAACUGGCAAAAUCGACUUUGCAAAGAAUCCCAUCUGGUGGCAGAAAACCGUUAAAGGAUUUGGUAUAGUGUUGUUUGGUUUAGGUGCCUACAGAGCUGGAGAAGUAGGCCAGUUGGUGUGGAAGAAGAAAUUCGAAUGA